GCCCGGCCGCGACAGACACGGGGGAGGAGCGCCCGCCCGCCGCUCGCGCGCCCAACGGACCAGGCUGGGGCAGUGAGGUAACUGUUGCAGCCAGCGGAGCUGGGAGGCGACACCAAGUCUCCAGUCCGGAGAGGUGCCCGAGGGAAAAGGACGCGGCAGCCCAACUGGUCCCGGAGAGAAGCCCCUUCCGUCCCUCUCUUCAGCCAGCAUGUCCCGGAAUCCGCCGCUUCCCAGUCCGCGCUGCGGGGAUUCCGGGCCGCGGCGGCGGGCGCAGCCCUGACGCGUUGUGAGCCGGGAGCGCCCCGAGCGCUGGGGCUGGGGUCUGGGAGCGCGAGCGGCCGCUACGGUACGAACGGGGUGUGCUGAGCCCCGUGACCACCCCCGGCCCCGGCCAUGAGGAGGGACGAGAGAGACGCCAAAGCCAUGCGGUCCCCGCAGCCGCCGGAUGGGGCUGGCUCGCCCCCUGAGAGUCUGAGGAACGGCUACGUGAAGAGCUGCGUGAGCCCCUUGCGGCAGGACCCUCCGCGCGGCUUCUUCUUCCAUCUCUGCCGCUUCUGCAACGUGGAACUGGGGCCUCUGCCGGCCUCCCCCCACCAGCCGCCGCGCGGCUCCCCCUUCUGCCGGGCGCGCCUCUCGCUGGUCGCCCUGGCCGCCUUUGUCCUCGCCCUGCUGCUGGGCGCCGAACCCGAGAGCUGGGCUGCCGUGGCCGCCUGGCUGCGGACGCUGCUGAGCGUGUGUUCGCACAGCCUCAGCCCCCUCUUCAGCAUCGCCUGUGCCUUCUUUUUCCUCACCUGCUUCCUGACCCGGACCAAGCGGGGACCCGGCCCGGGCAGGCGCGGCGGCUGGUGGUGGCUCCUGGCGCUGCCCGCCUGCUGUUACCUGGGGGACUUCGUGGUGUGGCAGUGGUGGUCGUGGUCUUGGCCUUGGGGGGACGGCGACGCAGGGUCCUCGGUCCCGCACACGCCCCCAGAGGCGGCGGCGGGCAGGUUGCUGCUGGUGCUGAGCUGCGUGGGGCUACUGCUGACGCUCGCGUACCCGCUGCGGCUCCGGCACGGCAUCCUGGUGCUGCUACUGGCCAGCUUCGUGUGGUGGGUUUCCUUCACCAGCCUCGGGUCGCUGCCCUCCGCCCUCAGGCCGCUGCUCUCCGGCCUGGUGGGGGGUGCUGGCUGCCUGCUGGCCCUGGGGUUGGAUCACUUCUUUCAAAUCAGGGAAGCGCCUCUUCAUCCUCGGCUGUCCAGUGCCGCCGAAGAAAAAGUGCCUGUGAUCCGACCCCGGAGGAGGUCCAGCUGUGUGUCGCUAGGAGAAACUGCAGCCAGUCACUAUGGCAGUUGCAAAAUAUUCAGGAGACCUUCGUUGCCUUGCAUUUCGAGAGAACAGAUGAUUCUUUGGGAUUGGGACUUAAAGCAAUGGUAUAAGCCUCAUUAUCAAAAUCCUGGAGGCGGAAAUGGAGUUGAUCUUUCAGUGCUAAAUGAGGCCCGCAAUAUGGUGUCAGAUCUUCUGAUUGAUCCAAGCCUUCCACCACAAGUUGUUUCCUCUCUACGGAGUAUCAGUAGCUUAAUGAGUGCUUUUUCAGGUUCCUGUAGGCCAAAGAUUAAUCCUCUCACACCAUUUCCUGGAUUUUAUCCCUGCUCUGAAAUAGAGGAUCCAGCUGAGAAAGGGGAUAGAAAACUUAACAAGCAGGGACUAAAUAGGAAUAGUUUGCAAACUCCACAGCUGAGGAGGAGCUCAGUUACUUCAGGAUUGCUACCUGUUGAACAGUCUUCAAGGUGGGAACGUAAUAAUGGCAAAAGGCCUCACCAAGAAUUUGGCAUUUCAAGUCAAGGAUGCAAUUUAAACGGGCCUUUUAAUUCAAAUCGACUGCCUAUCCCGAAACAAAGGUCAUCUUCUAUAUCACUGACUCACCAUUUAGGUCUGCGAAGAGCUGGUAUUUUGUCCAGUCUGAGUCCUGUGAAUUCUCCCAACCAUGGAACAGUGUCUGCUGGCUCUCUAACUAAUCGAUCACAUAUAGAAUUUCCUGAUACUGCUGAUUUUCUUAAUAAGCCAAGCAUUAUUUUACAGAGAUCUCUAGGCAAUGUACCCAAUACACCAGAUUUUUUCCAGCAGCUUAGAAAUUCUGAUAGCAAUCUGUGUAACAGCUGUGGACAUCAAAUACUGAAAUACGUUUCAACAUCUGAAUCAGAUGGUACAGAUUGCUGCUGUGGAAAAUCAGAGAUGAGAACUCGCUCUGUUGCUCAGGCUAGUCUCAAACUUUUGGCUUCAAGUAAUCAUCCUGCCUUGGCCUCCCGAAGUAUUAAGACUAUAGGUGAAGAAGAAAACAUUUUCUCAAAAGCAUCAUUCAAACUUACGGAAACUCAACAAGAAGAAGAAACGGAGAAGAAAGACAGCAGAAAAUUACUUCAGGAAGGUGAUAAUUGGCUAACAGAAGAGGCACAGAAUGAACAGCAAACAAAUAUUGAACAGGAGGCAUCACUGGAACUGAUUUUAGUAGAAGAGUAUGACUCAUUAAUAGAAAAGAUGAGCAACUGGAAUUUUCCAAUUUUUGAACUUGUAGAAAAGAUGGGAGAGAAAUCAGGAAGGAUUCUCAGUCAGGUUAUGUAUACCUUAUUUCAAGACACUGGUUUAUUGGAAAUAUUUAAAAUUCCCAGUCAACAAUUUAUGAACUAUUUUCGUGCAUUAGAAAAUGGCUAUCGAGACAUUCCUUAUCACAAUCGUAUACAUGCCACAGAUGUCCUACAUGCAGUUUGGUAUCUGACAACACGGCCAAUUCCUGGCUUACAGCAGAUCCACAAUGGUUGUGGAACAGGAAAUGAAACAGAUUCUGAUGAUAGAAUUAACCAUGGGCAAAUUGCUUAUAUUUCUUCGAAGAGCUGCUCUAUUCCGGAUGAGAGUUAUGGCUGCCUGUCUUCAAACAUUCCUGCAUUAGAAUUGAUGGCUCUGUAUGUGGCAGCUGCCAUGCAUGAUUAUGAUCACCCAGGGAGGACAAAUGCAUUUCUAGUGGCUACAAAUGCCCCUCAGGCAGUUUUAUACAAUGACAAAUCUGUUUUGGAAAAUCAUCAUGCUGCGUCAGCUUGGAAUCUAUAUCUUUCUCGCCCAGAAUACAACUUCCUUCUUAAUCUUGAUCAUGUGGAAUUCAAGCGUUUUCGUUUUUUAGUCAUCGAAGCAAUCCUUGCCACAGAUCUUAAAAAGCAUUUUGAUUUUCUUGCUGAAUUCAACUCCAAGGCAAAUGACGUAAAUAGUAAUGGCAUAGAAUGGCGGAAUGAAAACGAUCGCCUCUUGGUAUGCCAGGUGUGCAUCAAACUGGCAGAUAUAAAUGGUCCAGCAAAAGUUCGGGAUUUGCAUUUGAAAUGGACAGAAGGCAUUGUCAAUGAAUUUUAUGAGCAGCUGAAGAUACCUGUGAGUCUAUCGGUAAGGCUGUUAGCAGCAGCAAAUCCAUACCGGUCUGCAGCAACCUCAAUUCUUGCCUCCUCAGAAGAAAGAAUUCAACCGAUGGGCAUAAAGCAGACUGAGGCAAAUGAAGAGGCAAAUCUUGGUUUGCCCAUCAGUCCAUUCAUGGAUCGUUCGUCUCCUCAACUAGCAAAACUCCAAGAAUCUUUUAUCACCCAUAUAGUGGGUCCCCUGUGUAACUCCUAUGAUGCUGCUGGUUUGCUACCAGGUCAGUGGAUAGAAGCAGAAGAGGAUGAUGAUACAGAAAGUGGUGAUGAUGAAGAUGGUGAAGAAUUAGAUACAGAUGAUGAAGAAAUGGAAAACAAUAUAAAUCCAAAACCGCCAAGAAGGAAAAGCAGACGGCGAAUAUUUUGUCAGCUAAUGCACCACCUCACUGAAAAUCACAAGAUAUGGAAGGAAAUCGUAGAGGAAGAAGAAAACUGUAAAGUUGAUGGGAAUAAACUGCAGGGGGAGAACUCCUCCUUACCUCAAGCAGAUGAGAUUCAGGUCAUUGAAGAAGCAGAUGAAGAGGAAGAGCGACAGUUUGAGUAAAAGAAGUCAUAUUGAAGAAACCCAGAGGGCUGUGCCCAGGGGCAGAAAUCAUUGCCUAGUGGUCACCGGCUGACUUUUAACUGACCAUUCCCACGUGGACAGGCCUUAAUACUGUGAGAGGAUCCUUGCUUUGCUGGCAGUUUCCCACUCCUAUGCACUUUCGCAUGAACUAGAAAACUAUUCUUAAACCAAGAAUACCAUCCAUGUUGACCCAUGUUGCAGAGUCCUUACUUAAAUCCUUCACUGGUGUAUGAAUACUUCGCCAUAAUGCUGCUUUGCUGGGUAGUGAGCUCUUAUUUUUCAUCGGGGGUUAGCUAUAACUAAAAACUCAAGUGACUUAUUUCAGUUACCAAAGUGGCCAGAACUUUUUGCUUUUAUGAAAAUAGAUUCAUAUUGUAUUUCCCAAUGUGUCUUUUAUGUCUUUGAAUGUUUUGAAAAGAAGUCUAUGCCUGUCUAAAACUGAAUCCAGUGUUGCCUUUCUGAGGGAUUUCUGCUCAAUGCAAUACACUGUUCAGUGCUAUUCUCCCAGCUAGGUUUAUCCAUGAAGGACUGAGAGACCUUUGUUAUAUUUAACAAAAUCCUGGUGCAUCAAUUUCUGAUGCUUUUUACUAUUAUGUAUUAUCUACUAUGUGUGUUUUAUUUUUACUGAGAGUAUUCAGGUUUGCCAUGGACAUCAGAAAUUUGAAUUCCAGUCUUACCUUCUUCAUGUUCCAUGGCUGAAUUUCAAAGCUGUUUAGGUUUAACAAUGAAGGGAUUUAUUCUUUAGUCAUAACUGUUAUUUUUACUCUUGCUCAGGAUUUGCAUUUUUAACAUUUAGUUAAUGUAAACACAGCACAGAUUUGUCAGUAGAAAAAAAAAUUGUCCUAAUACCAAGGUUAACCUUUUAUGAAAUCAGCAACAUUUUCUCUCUUAGAUGAAUUUGAGAGUAAUUAAAACUAAGGGAAAGAAGAUGUCUGUCUUUUGCCUCAAUGCAAAAUCAAAUGAAAUUAAUCUCAUCAAAGAUAAAGAAUAAAGAAACAUACUGAGCCCUAAAGGACACACACGUUGAAUAAACAAAUAGAAUAUGUGAACAAUUCGAAUAUGUGGUUAUCUUUAGAUCCAUAUCUUGUCAUUUGUUUAGUUACUGUAAAACUGACAUUCAUCUUUCUGUUAAUUUCCCUCUGCCUCAAGACUGCAUGACAGAAAUGACCAUUAUUUCUGAGACCCAACUGUAAGACUGAUUGCUGAGAUCAAGUAAAGAAUUGGAACACUUGCCGGGCGCGGUGACUCAAGCCUGUAAUCCCAGCACUUUGGGAGGCUGAGGCGGGUGGAUCACGAGGUCAAGAGAUCGAGACCAUCCUGGUCAACAUGGCGAAACCCCGUCUCUACUAAAAAUACAAAAAAUUAGCUGGGCACAGUGGCGCGUGCCUGUAAUCCCAGCUACUCGGGAGGCUGAGGCAGGAGAAUUGCCUGAACUCAGGAGGCGGAGGUUGCAGUGAGCCGAGAUCGCACUAUUGCACUCCAGCCUGGGUAACAAGAGCGAAACUCCAUCUCAAAAAAAAAAAAAAGAAUUGGAACACUUAUUUUUCAUAUAAAAAAUCGAAAUAUGUUAAUACAUCAUUUCAUACAAAAGUACAUUAUUAAAUAACCACAUUAUUAAGAUAGUUGCAAGAAAAUGGACCAUAUAUAUAAUGUUUUGUAAACUUGCUAGUGUGUGGAUAUGUACCCUAGUUAUGAAAUACAUUUGAAGAUAUAAAGAGCAGCCAAAAUGAUAGAAAAAUGGUAGACUAAUAUUUUCUAUUAUUAUUGGAGAUCAUGUCAUAUUUUGGAUUCAUGCAAUUUUGCACACAGUGAAACUAUUAAUUUCCAAGGUAAUUCAUUUAAAGUAUUGUAUUAGCAUGCAGUUUCUUACUUAUCUAGAAUAUUUGGCUUGUCUGAAAGAGAUCAGCUUAAGAUCUCUGGAGGUACUGGAACUUUUGAUCCUUCACAGUGUUAAUAUUUAAUGAAUCACUAAGCUUUAUUUAUUAGACAUGUUGAAUGAGGGUCGAGUUCCUUCCUGCCACUUUUGUUACCAUUGCCACACACAAUUUGUAAACCAGUACUACGAUAUAUUACUAAUUAAUAAAAUUCCAACUGAUAACUUA